UGUCCCCAAGGCUGGGAUGUUGUUGAGAAACAAGUGAACUUUUAAUCAGCUGUUAGAUAUUUAAUUUACCUGGAUGUGAGGCAGCACAGGUUAGGACAAUAGAUGGUCAGACGUCAACAUGACCAACAUCCUGUCACAGGCUGAGAAUAAAGUGAUAGUCAAUGUGAUGCAGCCAGAGCCACGGGAUUUGGAAAUCUCUUUACUGCAACAUAUUUCAGACCUGCCUUCCUGCACACCUGAUUCCUGGACUUCUGAGGGUCAGCCUUUCAUUCGAGUAUUUAAGGAUGAGCAGUUUGAUAUUGAAGCUUCCGUUUCCAUGGGAACAAAUUUGACCUUUGAAUUUGAGGUUGACGAUGAAGAUGCCAUUGUUGUCCGACCUUGGGAUCUGGAUCCUCCCUGUAGAGACUGGAAUUGUUCUGCAGUUUACAAGGAGUUUGUGCUGAGGGAUACUGGACGUCACUGUCUCAGAGUAUCAGUCCACAACCACUUUGGACGACUGCAGAAGACAUGGAUAAUUUUCGUGGUGCGAAGAUACUUGGACAACCCAACAUUUACCAUAACAACUGGCUCCAAGACUGUUGUCUCUCCAGGAGAACCAAUCAGAUUUCUCGUUGCCUUAGAGAUUACGUCACGUAUUGGUGCGAUCCUGGAGGUGGAGUUCGGUGACGGAGAACACCACAGUACUGAACUAAAGGACACCAAUUCUACUUCAAUGGCACUUAACUCUGACCACGGGUCAAUGAUGGUCGUCGCAAGCUAUGGACAGGGGUGCAGACUAAUAGUGGAGUUUGAACAUGCCUAUCGUCGCGAGGGAACCUACCAGCCGCAGAUGACUGUGUAUAACAGUAAUGACAGUGUGAAUAGCAGACAAGACAAUGUUUCAGGAAAGUUCCAAGGUUAUAUAAAGGUCAUCAAUCGCUUGUACGGAGCAAGAUUUGAAUCUGAGCAUACUAUUGCUGUUGGACAAAUUUCUAAAUUUCAGGUACAGUUGAUUUCACCUUCAGUGAAUGUUUCCUACCACUGGUUUAUAGUUGAUGAACAUGACAAUUAUCUGGGUAUGUGGAACACCAGUGUUAAGUACUUGUUGUACAACUUCUCAGAAGCAGGUGUCUACCAAGUCAGGGUUGUAGCAGCUAACAUUAUCAACAAAGUCCAGACAGGAACAAAUGUUGUUGUCCAGGAGCCGAUCUCUGACCUCCAGUUGACCUGUAACCCUAGUAUAUGUAUCAGAGUUGACCAAUUGCUCAGUUGCGUUGCAACAGUUGCUCAUGGUAGCAAUCCAAAAUUUAUCUGGAAGGUCCCAAAUAGACAUGCCAUAUUGUUAUCUGUUUCAAAACAAUCUGGUUUAUCGAAGGCUAAUUACACAUUUGAUAAGCGUGGAGGAUUCAACAUCAGCGUACAGGCUAAGAAUGAUGUGAGUGACAUUACCAAGUCUGUAGACAAUUUUAUUUGUGUCCAGGAACCUGUAUCUUGUGUCAGCAUUGAAAGUUUUGGACCGGUUCUCCUUGGCAAAAAAACUGUGUUUGAAAUCAAUGUGGCACCAUUGACAUUCUUCAUGUUGAGGUUUGAAUCUGGACUCGACCGACGUGCAUGGGGCAAUGUGACUGUUCGACAGUUUCCAAAUGAUGAUGCAUUCUAUGUAGCCUACCAGUUUGAUAAGGCAGGUUUUCAUGAUGUCACUGUGACUGCCUAUAACAACGUCUCCAGUACAUCCCAUUCCAUCAAGGUUUUAGUAUUGAGAGCAGUACCUGUAUUGGACGCCAAGGUCAUCGGUACAGCAAUGGUUGGCAUAGAAACAACACUUCAAGUCAUCCCAAAAUGGCCACGUGGUGUAACAGACAACUUGGAAUAUGAAUGGUGCAUUGAUAACUACACUAUAAUAGGAGCAGGGAUCUACUAUUGUGACAGUGACCUUCCACAGGCCAGGCCACCACCAGGUCAAUGUCACAGCAGCAAACUUUGUUGAUAACAGUACAAAGAUGUUUAACGUUGAUGUCAUAGACCCAUCCAGUGUAAAGUGGUACCUGUCACAUGAUGUCGUAAUCCCUGUCAAUCAAUCGGUGGACUUUGUUUUAA